GAUUAGUGGCAGCUUGGCCUGACUCUCCGGGGCUCCUUUCCCCGCCCCCGCCUGCUGCCCUCCCCUGGGCAGGGGGCUGCUGUACCCGAGGGGCCCUGUGCUUGCCCAGGGCGCUGGAGGAGGAAACCGGCGGAGCAGCUUCCCCACUCGCAGUUGCGUGUCUGGCGAUGGCGAUCGGAGGUCCUGCUGCGCUCUCCGCCGCGCUCUCCCUCCAUUAGCCGCGCUCCGCCGCUCUGCGGCCCCGCUGGUGCCUCUCUCCUGGUUCCCGGUAUCGGCUCCCCUUCCAGGCACUACCCCUUCCCCCGGCCCCCCGGCCUUUCCCCCCACUCGGCCAUCUCCGACCCGGGGCGCCCGUUCCCCCCGGCCCGGCUCCCUCUUCUCCUCCGGGGGCACCCGCUCCCUCGCCCCGGCCCGGCCCUCCCCGCGGCGCAGCACGGAGUCUCGGCGUCCCAUGGCGCAACCCACGGCCUCGGCCCAGAAGCUGGUGCGGCCGAUCCGCGCCGUGUGCCGCAUCCUGCAGAUCCCGGAGUCCGACCCCUCCAACCUGCGGCCCUAGAGCUCCCCGGCCGCCCCGGGGGAGAGAGAGCGCGAGCGCGCUGAGCAGACAGCGCGGCUGAUCGAGUCCUCGCCCGCCGGCCCAUGGGGAGCGGGCGCCCGGCGCCGGCCACCACGACCGCAGCCGCCCGCACCGCGUCCGGCCAGCACAGCCCAGGGACCCCCUCUAGGAGAGCCCCAUGAGGGCAGGAGAGUGAUGGAGAGUACGCCCAGUUUCCAGAAGGACACCCCAGACUGGGAGAAGACAGCCCUUGAGAACGGCAUCGUGGGACAGGAGCCAGAUACCCCACCUCGAGAUGGCCUGCUCCACGGGGCUCUAUGCUUGGGAGAAACUCCUCCCUUCUGGAGGGGUGUCCUGAGCACCCCAGACUCCUGGCUUCCCCCUGCCUUCCCCCAGAGCCCCAAGGACACGCUCCCGCUGCUGGAGGGGGAAGGCCCCCGGAAUGGGGAGAGGAAGUCCAGCUGGCUAGGCAGCAAGGAGGGGCUGCGCUGGAAGGAGGCAGUGCUUACCCAUCCUCUGGCAUUCUGCAGCUCUGCAUGCCCACCUCACUACGGCCCCCUGAUUCCUGAGUAUAGCAGUGGCCAUGCCAAGAGUGACCCUGUGGCCUUCCAACCCUUGCACUGCCCCUUCCUUCUGGAAACCAAGAUUCUGGAGGAAGCUCCCUUCUGGAUGCCCACCUGCUUGCCACCCUACCUAGUGUCCAGCCUGCCCCCAGAGCGUCCAUGUGACUGGCCCCUGGCCCCACACCCCUGGGUGUACUCUGGGAGCCAGCGCAAAAUGCCCUCUGCCUUCAGCUUAGGCAGCAAGGGCUUUUAUCACAAGGAUCGAAGCAUUCUCAGGCUGGCGAAGGAGCCGCUGGCAACCAUGGAAACUGGGUUGUUGGGCUUAGCCCCUGGUGGCCAUCUGCAGAGGACAGGGGAGGUGGAACAGCCUUCACUCCACCCGAGGGAAGGCGAGACAGGAGGCGGCAGGCAUCCAAACCUUUGCCCACUUCUCCUGGGGCAUCCAGACACUGCUCCCCGGACCCCCUGGCCCAUUUGCCCCCCAGGCCUGGUUACUCUUGGCAAUGUCUGGGCUGUACCAGGGGGUGGGGGCCUUGGGUACCAGCUGGGGCCAUCAGCCACAUCAAGGUGCCCCUCUUCUGGGCUUCCUGCCACCCAUGUGGGCUGUUGCUCAUCUCACUCUCUUGCUGGGGAUGAAGGUCUUGGCCCUUGUAGAAAGUGCCAGGAGGACCUGGACGGGGGCACCAGUGGGCCCAGUGAGUCCAGUGAGGAGGCAAACAAGGCCCCUGGUCCCAAGGCCUGCCAGCCCAGCCAUCACACCAAACUGAAGAAGACAUGGCUCACACGGCACUCCGAGCAGUUUGGCUGCCCAGGUGGCUGCGCUGGUGACGAGGAGAGCCCAGCUGCCCAGCUGCAGGCCCUCAAGAGGGCCAGCCCCGAGGUCCAAGGAGCAGGGGGCAGCCCAGUGGCCAAGCGCCCACCCGACCCUUUCCCGGGCAGUGUGAGGCAGAGGGCCAGAGGUUGGCAGGAGGUGCUGGACCCAUCAUUUGGGAACAAGGUGGAGGCAGAGCAGCGUGACCACCAAGGAACCCAAGAUGGCAGGGCCAGCCUCCAGGACUCCGGGCUUCAGGAUACACCUUGCUCUGCAAGCCGGGCAGGCAUCACUCAGUGCCACAGUUGUGUUCAGGCAGCUGGAGAGACAGGGGGUCUGGUCUGCCACUCCCAGCAAGGGCCGAGAUCGCCUUCGGGAGGGGAGCAGCAGCAGGACGAAGACUGGACAGCCAGCUUGGAGGAGGAAGGAAGGUCUGGCCCAGAGGCCGGGCUCAGUAGGGGUCUCGCCAAACACCUGCUAAGUGGUUUGGGGGACCGCCUGUGCCGCCUGCUGCGAAGGGAGCGGGAGGCCCUGGCCUGGGCCCAGCGGGAAGGCUGGGAGCCAGCCAGGCCAGAGGACAACCCCGGUGUCCCAUGCUGCUGUAACCGCUGCCACCAUGGACUCUUCAACACCCACUGGAGAUGCCCCCACUGUAGCCAUCGGCUGUGUGUGGCCUGUGGACGCAUGGCAGGUGCUGGGAGGUCCAGGGAGAAAGCAGGCUCUCUGGAGCAGCCCAUGGAGAAGUGUGCCCAGGAGGCUGGGCACAGUGCCUGUUCCCUGGUACUCACCCAGUUUGUCUCCAGCCAGGCUUUGGCAGAAUUGAGCACCACAAUGCACCAGGUCUGGGUCAAGUUUGACAUCCGGGGGCACUGCCCCUGCCAAGCUGAUGCCCGGGUGUGGGCCUCUGCGGAUGGAGGCCAGCAGGAGCCAGCAGAGAAAACUCCCCCAACUCCACAAACCUCCUAUACCCGGGACACCAAUAAGACCAAGGACAUCAAAGAGGAGAUCCCGGACUCUGCAGAGACCCCAGUGGAGGACCAUGCCAGCCGAGGGCCCCUGCCCUGUCCCUCUCUCUGUGAACUGCUGGCCUCCACGGCUGUCAAACUCUGCUUGGGGCAUGAGCGCAUACACAUGGCCUUUGCCCCUGUCACUCCGGCCUUGCCCAGUGAUGACCGCAUCACCAACAUCCUGGACAGCAUCAUCGCCCAGGUAGUGGAACGGAAGAUCCAGGAGAAAGCCCUGGGGCCAGGGCUGCGGGCUGGGCCAGGCCUCCGCAAGGGCCUGGGCUUGCCCCUCUCGCAGGUGCAGCCCCGGCUGCCUCACCCCGGGGCUUUGCUGUGGCUGCAGGAGCCCAGGCCUCAGCGAGGUUUCCGCCUUUUUCAGGAGCACUGGAGGCAGGGCCAGCCUGUGUUGGUGUCAGGGAUUCAGAGGACAUUGCGAGGCAAUCUGUGGGGGACAGAAGCUCUUGGGGCACUUGGAGGCCAGGUGCAGGCACUGGCACCCCUUGGGCCUCCUCAGCCCACAACCCUGAGCAGCAUGACGUUCUGGGAGGGAUUCUCCCAGUGUGAGAUUCGUCCAAAGUCAGAGGAGGGCUCAGUCCUCCUGCUGCACAGAGCUCUGGGGGACGAGGACACCAGCAGGGUGGAGAACCUGGCCGCUAGCUUGCCACUCCCGGAGUACUGUGCCCGCCAUGGGAAACUCAACCUGGCUUCCUACCUCCCACCUGGUCCUGCUCUGUGUCCACUGGAGCCCCAGCUGUGGGCAGCCUAUGGUGUGAGCCCACACCGUGGGCACCUGGGGACCAAGAACCUCUGUGUGGAGGUGACCGACCUGGUCAGCAUCCUGGUAUGUGCUGAAGCCCCACUGCCUGCCUGGCACCGAGCACAAAAAGACUUCCUUACAGGCCUGGAUGGGGAGGGGCUCUGGUCUCCAGGCAGCCAGGCCAGCACCGUGUGGCAUGUGUUCCGAGCACAGGACGCCCAGCGCAUCCGCCGAUUUCUCCAGAUGGUGUGCCCGGCUGGAGCAGGCAACUUGGAGCCUGGUGCCCCAGGCAGCUGCUACCUGGACACAGGGCUGCGGCGACGCCUGCGGGAGGAGUGGGGUGUGAGCUGUUGGACCCUGCUGCAGGCCCCUGGAGAGGCCGUGCUGGUACCUGCGGGGGCUCCCCACCAGGUGCAGGGCUUAGUAAGCACAGUGAACAUCACUCAGCACUUCCUGUCCCCAGAGACCUCUGCCCUCUCUGCUCAGCUCUGCCACCAGGGACUCAGCCUGCCCCCUGACCACCGCCUGCUUUAUGCCCAGAUGGACUGGGCCAUGUUCCAAGCAGUGAAGGUGGCUGUGGGAACAUUACAGGAGGCUAAAUAGGGGGUCCCAGGUGUCUGGGGUCAGGGUGGGAGCAGGUAAACAAGGUGCUCAGUCCAGGCCCAACUUAAGCAGCCAGUGGUGCUUGGAGACCUGGGGACUUUUUGUAUGUCCCACAAGCACCACUCUGGGCACAAGCAGGGCACCCCAUUCCCUGCCUUUGACCUGAGCCCUAAGGCCAACAACCACAGUGCCCCUGAAGCUCACAUCUGCCAUCCACAGGCUGGCACCUGCUCUGGUCCCGCACCUCUCCCCGGGGUACCAGGCCCUCCAACUCCUGUGCCCCAACCCAGGCGACAAACAGCCCUUUCCUGGGAACCUCGGGAGUCAUUCUGGCUUAAGCACCUCCUUCUCUGCCUCAGCCCCAGCUGUUGUAUUGCACUCGAGCUCUGCUUACACCGCCCACAUCCCCACUGUGCUCCCAGGCAGCCCUGUGCACUGCAGGCAAUGCUGGACCAGGGGCCUCGGAAAUCCUGCCCUCUUGCCAGAGAGCUGUGAAGUGUUGGGAGGGGUGGCAUCAGGAGACUGCCCAGGCUUGGCUGGAGGGAGGGAGAUGGGUGACGCCCUGCCCUGGCUCCCCUUCUCACCUCCCUCCUUCAUGAUUUCCAUUAAAGUCUGUUGUUUUGUGAA